CCUCGGUCCAACGUGGCUCCAGUCUAGAAUAAUUAUCUUAUUGCUUGAAGUUCCUACCUUAGUAUAACCUUUUGCUAGUGAAUAUUAUUUGAAGCGCGUGUAUCGUGAGCUGCGGGCUCGGUAUAGGUCAUUCUUACAUGGUGCCACAGAGCAAACCACAGCAGCCGACCAAGCAGCUCUCCCCCGAUGGAUAGCUCUCCGCUCGAUCAAGACCCUUCUCAAACACAUGGCGUAUCGGUCCCCUUUGAUUCCAUCUGGCAGCAUGAAGCACCACCUGAUCAUGCUCCAUCGACUCCCAUAGGCGCAGGCGGUCCAAGCAAUACCCCCCGAAGAAACACUUAUACGACGCCUCAUACUUCGAUCUUCAACUCCUCCACCUCGACGUUUCCCCCUUCUCUCUUCGAGAGCAAUGCAGAACCGAGUCCUGGAGAAGGGUCAUCUAGUAUCCGGGCAAAUAGGCCGCUUGACGCGUUCGGAAGAGAUGUGGAACGGUCGACGAGCCCUUCAAUAGCGAUGUCGAGCGGUACAGCUCGAAUAUCCGCAGCGGAGAAGGAUGUGGAUGAUCCCACGACCCCGGUGGACCAUCAGAGAGCGUUUGAUGCAAGGGAGGAAAUUACUCCAAUAACGCCGGCAAAGUCAAUGGCGGCGGAUGUUCCGCUGAACCCAUCGAGUCGAACGAGCUCAUAUCAAUAUGGUGCCGGGAACUUGAACUUACUUGGUAGAACAAACUACGAGCCGGCCUCCUUACCAGACCAUCUCUACACACGCGGGCUCCUCGGUGGACGGCAUUCGGACAUCACUGUCAUAGCAUUCGGGACCAAGUACAACCUACAUCGACUUCUCCUCGACCGCGCACCUUUUUUUGCAACGGCGUUAUCCGAACCAUGGAUCGAAAGUUCGUUAAAGGAAGUGACAUUGCACCCUGAAGAUAUGGACUCCAAUAUCACCCAAGUUGCCUUUGAGCUUGCCCUUAAGAGACUAUACGGAUGCGAUAUAUCGAAUGAGGAAGAAGCAGAAGCGAUCGGGCUCUUUGCAACCGGCUGUUGGCUAGAGAUGCCAGAUCUCGCCGAAUCUGCCAUCGACGCGAUUUUACGGCAGAUGAAUGUUGAGAGCCUUGCGCCGCUGAUAAAACUGGUCACGGAGAAUUACUACGGAAGGUCUGGGGAGCGGAUUCUGGCUUCGGCGAAAGCCAUGCUUUGCAGAGAUGGCUGGGAGAUGCACCUUAGAUACUGGGAUGGCAUCCCCGGAGAUAUUGUCAGGGAAAUUGUUGGCGGAGAUGGCUGUUUUGUCUACGGCGAAUGGGACCGCUGGGUUCUUGCAAAACGGUUGCUUGAUCGCAGAUUAAAGCAAAAAGCAGCGGAGGUAGGGCUGGGAGACAAGAUUAAGAACAAAUCUCGAGCUCCGGAAACGCUCGGUUUGAUGGCUAUCCGGUUCGAUCCUGUCUACCGAAAGAACUCGAUUUCAUCGUUAGGCCAGAGUCCAGAGGGGAUGGACAAAUGGCUGGCACUCUACACGCAUCCUGAGGUCGAGCCCCUUCUUGUCCUUCUUGAUGAAGGCAUUCAUUACGUCCACCUAGAGUUCGAGCAGUUGCAGCAUAUCCGCCGGGCCCGAGACGUUUUUGGACUCCCGCUCCUACCAGAAGACGUGAUUACCAACGCGCUCUGGAUGGCCAUGGAGCUUCGGCAGAAAGUUGUGAAUGCUCGCGAUCUUGACAUGGACCUAGGACUUAGCAUUCCAGCGGAGAUUGAGCCGACCAAACCCCCAACAGUGUCAUCUCAAAGGACGGACGAUGCAAAUGGCUCGUCCGUCGCACAAGGCAAGCGUAAAGUGGACGAAACUCCCUCGCAAACCAAGUCGGAAGAGAUGGGGUCUGGCUCGUGGGACUCAACUGCGCGACCCCGAAAGUUUUGGAUUCCUUCGGCUGACUGCAACAUCGUCAUGGGAGGCAAUGCCGAGCCGGUCAUACAAACAUCCGCAGCCCUUUCCAAUCAUGCUUCCCAGAUUUCUGUGACGAUACAGCCAGAGGAUGCUCCAUGGGCCACUGACUUUGCAUCAUCACCCGGAAAUAUCACUGAGGGAUUAGCCAGGUCAUCAAGCAACGCAACGCGACCACAACCGUCGGACAGUGCAGGCGGAACAACCCAACCAAAGCCAAUUGCUUACUCGCAUUGCCCACCAUUCCGAUUCGCAGUCGAGUUCCCAAACCCGCGCCUCCUCAAAGAGAAGAAGCGGGUUUACUCGAGGACAGUUUUUUACGCGGGCAGCUUGUGGAACAUCUAUAUCCAAAAAGUCCGAAGUUCCAAGCACCCGCAACUGGGAGUCUAUCUCCACCGUGCGAAGGAACGUGAAGUCGAGGAAGCGCUGUCCGGCCCAGGUCUAGCGGCCAAUCUCUCCAACAGCAUACCCGCAAGCGUGGACGAGCGAAUUGGACAGCUAGAGCGAGAAAUGCUCCUUCGCGGUGAUAGACGACGAGUAGCGCGAGACCGAGACCGAGAUCGACCUCUGGGUGGAUUAGCGACAGACAAUGCCGCUGAAGAAGACACCAGUGGAAGUGGCGGCGACGUGGAUGCCAACACCUCUCGAUCAUAUAACUGGUUCUCCAAUUAUCGACCAGGAGGCAACACACAUAACUCUUACCGAGCUCGCCAGUCGUCAGUCCUACAACACUACACUCCUGUGUUCGACAUUCCCUCCGAUUCCGACUCCGAUAACGAUGCCGAUGCUAGUUCCAACUACCCUCGCUCCGCCAACACCGCUCCGCAGCUUCCCCUACCACAAGGCCUCUCCGCAACCACCAUCCAGCCCAACUCUCAAAGUCCCUCGCCCACCCUCGCCCGCGCCUCCAUCUCCCGCAACAAUUCCUCCCGCCAACCCACCUUCGUCGCAACCGUCCCACCAUACACCGACAUGCGCCCCACAAUCCGCACGUACUUCAAGAUCUACUCGCCGUCCAAAGGCGGUCGACUCCUCUCCGUCUACGAGUCGGCGCCCGAUCGCUUCAACUUUAGCCAGAGCUGGGGAUGGAAGAGCAGCACGUUGAUGUUGGAUGAAGGGUUGAUUGGGGGUGGGGAGGGCGCGGUGAGUGGGGAGGAGGAGGGGUCGUUUGGGCAAGGGGCAGAGAAGAGGAGGAGGGAGGGGAAGUUGCGGUUUAUGGUUGUCAUUGGGAAUUUGUGAGGACGAUACCGGCUGACGAGACGAGAUGGGACGGCCAUUCUUUUCAUGUAGCGUAAUGAACCUUUCGUUUUAGAUACCCAGGAAGAGUACAGUCUUUUGGAUUCAUAAUUCAGUUCUCGCAUUCAGUUGGUGUUCAAGGUUAGGGGCUGUGCUGUCAAAGGCUUUUGAUUACUAUACAGGCACCGACUGGCAUUCAACCGACAAUAUUCUUCUCGGAAGAAAUUCGCAGCAGACAACGCCCAGAUGCUAUCGCCUCUUUAGAGGCAUACGAUAACUUGUCUGUCAAGCUUCAGCCUUGCUUAGAAAUUCCACUUAC